AUUGUGCAUGAAAGUAAAUCUCCGGGAACCCGGAAGCGCUCAUCCAUUUGCCCUGACUGCUGCUGCUGCUGCUGCUCUGUUCAUUGAGGUUGCGGCGACUUAUAUCACCCGCGACCGGCACAUCUGUCCAGAUUGGGCGACUGGGAUAUUUACCUUGAAUUCGGCUAGAAGGCGAGCGAGCAUGGCUGGUCGACUGCCGGCUUGCGUUGUCGACUGUGGCACAGGGUACACAAAGCUUGGUUAUGCUGGAAACACGGAACCUCAGUUCAUCAUACCGUCAUGCAUUGCAAUCAAAGAGUCAGCCAAAGUUGGAGACCAGGCGCAGCGGCGAAUGAUGAAGGGCAUUGAUGAUCUGGAUUUUUUCAUUGGUGAUGAAGCCAUCGAUAAGCCAUCAUAUGCAACAAAAUGGCCAAUCCGACACGGAAUAGUGGAAGACUGGGAUCUAAUGGAGAGGUUCAUGGAGCAGGUCAUCUUCAAGUAUCUGCGGGCAGAACCUGAAGAUCAUUACUUCCUUUUGACAGAACCUCCAUUAAACACACCAGAAAACAGAGAGUACACAGCAGAGAUCAUGUUUGAGUCAUUCAACGUCCCAGGUCUCUACAUUGCUGUUCAGGCUGUCCUGGCACUGGCAGCCUCCUGGACGUCCCGACAGGUGGGCGAGCGAACACUGACGGGGACGGUGAUCGACAGCGGCGAUGGAGUCACGCACGUCAUUCCGGUGGCUGAAGGCUACGUCAUCGGCAGCUGCAUCAAACACAUCCCCAUUGCGGGCCGGGACAUCACAUACUUCAUCCAACAGCUCUUGAGGGAACGGGAAGUGGGAAUCCCUCCUGAGCAGUCGCUGGAUACCGCUAAAGCUGUCAAGGAGCGCUUCAGCUAUGUCUGCCCAGACCUUGUCAAGGAGUUUAACAAGUACGACACAGAUGGGUCCAAGUGGAUCAAGCAGUACACGGGUGUCAACGCCAUCACCAAGAAAGCGUUCCAGAUAGAUGUGGGCUAUGAGCGUUUCCUUGGGCCUGAGAUCUUCUUCCACCCAGAGUUUGCCAACCCAGAUUUCACGCAGCCGAUCUCAGAGGUGGUUGAUGAGGUCAUCCAGAACUGCCCUAUCGACGUCCGCCGCCCCCUCUACAAGAACGUUGUGCUCUCUGGAGGCUCCACCAUGUUCCGAGACUUUGGUCGACGCCUGCAGAGAGAUCUCAAGCGGACUGUGGAUGCACGGCUGAAAAUCAGUGAGGAACUGAGCGGUGGCAAGUUGAAGCCAAAGCCCAUUGAUGUGCAGGUCAUCACCCAUCACAUGCAGCGCUACGCCGUCUGGUUUGGAGGCUCCAUGUUGGCGUCCACUCCCGAGUUCUACCAAGUGUGUCACACCAAGAAAGACUAUGAGGAAAUUGGUCCAAGCAUAUGCCGCCACAACCCCGUGUUCGGGGUCAUGUCGUAGGCCAAGCGGAGCUCGUGGAUGGCAAAAGGAGGAAGCACAUAUGUGGCGGUCUCAUGAGCCUUUGGUGCUCCAAAGGACCUCUCCAUUCAGAUCGAGUGACAGAGGACCAAACAAACUACCAACAAUGGUAGCAAUGUUUCCAUCAAUAAGAAGGGAUGAGCAGCAACUCUAAUUGUGUUUCCUGCAAAUAAUUUAAUAAUCGCUGGUAAAUAUUUAAUUAGUGCUCACAGGGUUGUCACAUGCUUACUUGACUUGAGUCUGCUUGAACAUACCUGGGCCAGCUUGCCCAUCAAGAGGCAAAACUAAAUAAAGGAAGAGUCAUGAAAUAUUGCCAUAUUGUCUUUUCAAAAGGUGUUGGAACAAGAAUACUUACAGUUUGUAUGAAGUUAUAAACAAAAAAAUAGUGAACAAGUAGAUAAAGUCUUUAUGAUGUUUGAGAGUGGCAUGAUGACAAACGCAAGCAUCCAGCCAUGCUCUGAUGCAAUUAUGAGUCUUUGGCGGGAUUGUUUUAACUCACUUUUCAAUGCAGGCACAUCUUCACAAUACAAAGGUUUUAGUCACAGACGAAUAUAAGGUGAGAUUUGUUGAAUUCUGGUGUCUGUGCUGCCAUUCUAAUAAAAGCUGAGAUGUUUGA